AUGACCUCGGUGAAGAUGGAAGAGAGCUCGGUGAGCCGUCAGCUGUCGCAGUGCAACGAAGACGCGUGGAUGACGCUGGCCCGCAUCGCCGAGAUGAUGGGGGACGACGACAACAUGCUCGUCUCGUACGAGAAGGCGCUGUCGCACAACCGCCUCAACACGGGCGCGCUCUACAGCAUCGGCUGCUGCUACGAGAAGGCCGAGAACUUUAGCAAGGCCGCCGACUGCUUCCGCAGCCUCGUCACGCUCAGCGAGCACGCCAACAACACGGACGCGUGGGGCCACUUGGGCUACUGCUACAUGAUGCUGAACGACCUCGCCAAUGCCCAUACCGCGUACCAGUACGCCAUGUACAACAACCCGGCGUCGCAGCGCGACCCGACCCUCUGGUUUGGCAUUGGCCAGCUCUACGAGCGCUCGGGCGCGCUCGACCACGCCGAAGAAUCCUUUGACGCGGUCCUUCGUUUCGAGCCCCCUUUCAACAUGGCGCUGGAAGCGCGCAUCCGCCUCGGCAUCAUCGCCAAGCAACGCGGCGACCUUGACGUCGCAGUCGAGCGCCUCAAGUCGGUGCUCUCGCUCGCGCAGUCGAACGACAUGCUCAGCGACGUCUGGACGCAAAUCGGCCACGUCUACGAAAUGAAGUCGGAGAUCCAGUUGGCUCAAAGUUCGUACCUCAAGGUCGUCGAUCUCAACCCGAACAACGCCAAGCCGCUGCAGCAGCUCGGGUGGCUCUGCCUCAAGCACAACCAGCACGUCGAGGCCAUCAAGUACCUCAAGAAGGCGGUCGCGGUCGAUCCGCAGGAUGGCAAGGGCUGGUACCUCUUGGGUCGCUGCUACAUGGCAGUCCGCGAGUACGAAGAGGCGUACGACGCGUACAAGCACGCCGUCAACUCGGACCCGUCCAACCCGAACGUGUGGUGCUCGCUCGGCGUGCUCUUUUACCAGCUCAACCAGCACCUCGAUGCGCUUGACGCGUACUCGCGUGCGAUCAACAUCAACCCCAACAUUUGCGAAGUCUGGUACAACGUCGGCACGCUCUACGACGCGUGCAACCAGACGACCGACGCCCAGGACGCCUACCAAAAGGCCGCCGAGCUCGGUGCCGACGCGCAGUUUAUUCGCGAGCGCCUCGACUUGCUCCGCGCGCGGGAAGCCGGCCAGCCCACGACCGGCAUGCCGGGCGCCAACUCGGCGCCGGGUCCGUCCGAGCCGCCGACGACGUCCCCGAUGCCGUCGUUUACGUCCAAGAACACGCCGGCGCCAGCGCCGGCCGCCAACUCGGCCCCGGGCAAUGCGCCGCCCCAACAGCAAGGUGGGCAGCCGCCAAUGCAGCACCCGUCCCAGGGCAACGCAAUGAACGCGCCGUACAACCCGCAGCAGCCGCCGAGCAACGGGGGCCCGAUGAUGGCGCCCAUGAAUGGUGGCGCGGGCGGCCAGCCGCAAAUGAGCAUGAUGCGCCCGAUGUCGUCGAGCCGCCAGCCGAUGGGGGGCAUGGGCAUGCCGCCGCCGCCGCAGCAGCAGCAACAACAAGGCCCGCCGGGCAUGCUUCCGCGCGGCGUCAUGGACGGUCCUCCCCAAGGCCGGCGGUAG